AUGUCGUGGCGUCAGCUGUUCGCCAGGUGAUGAAUUUGGCGGGAAACCGGCGCGCGGAUUCGCGAGCCGACAUUAUGGCACCGGACUCCCGGCGACAGGAUGAAGCGUGCGUCCACGAGCGAUCCCGGACACCGAAGCCGAUUCUCCCGCACAGCGGAUCCGUCCCGCGGCGUCGACGAGUCUGCCCGCCUUCUCUCCACCAUCGCGAUGACGACACGUGCCACCCGCCUCGGCAGGAAAGAGGUGCCCGAGGAAGCCGCGAAACUGCGUCGCUCGCCGCGGAACCUGCCGCAACAUCUAAAGAAGAAGUUGGAGCAGCCGAAACCCGAAAGGGAGCCCGACGUCAACACUUUGCCUGCGAUUGUCUUCAAGGGACGCAUUCAGUACGCUGACGACUUCUUCAGCUGUGCCCAGAUCUGUGACGAUCUCAUACAAGAAGUGAGGCGCAGCGAGAGGGAGAUCGUACCGGUAGGCUUCGAUCUGGAGUGGCCGUUCAGCUUCCAAACUGGCAGCGGGAAAACGGCACUGGCGCAGAUUUGCCUGGACAACAGUGUGUGUUAUCUCUUGUACGUCUACUCGCUGAGGAAGCUCCCGGCUGCGUUCGUCGAACUCCUGUGUCACCCGAAGGUCAAGCUCGUCGGUGUCAAUAUUAAAAACGAUGUGAGGAAGCUCGGGAGAGAUUUCAAAGAGUUUCCUGCUCAAAAAGUGGUAGAGAAUAAUUGUCUGGACUGCGGGCCCUACGCUAAUCAAGUCUUGAAUCGAUCCUGCCGUUGGAGUUUGGAAAGAUUGACCGCUUACUUGUUGAAGAAGAAAAUCAGCAAAGAUCCCAAGGUGCGAAUGAGCAGGUGGCAUGUGCAACCCCUCAGUGACGCCCAGAAAAGUUACGCAGCCACGGAUGCUUAUGUGUCUCUUCUGCUUUACACUACAAUUCACGAGAAAACUGUCGCCAUAGAGAAGGAGAAUCAGAAUGUCGAGAACCGAUUGAAUCCUUCAAUCUAACGAAAUUCUCG